GCACGUUAUACCUGCUAGGGAGAGAGAGAGAGAGCGCUCGAAGGGUUUUGUUGGUUGGUUGGGUGGUUGGUUGGUUCUUCCGUCCUGGUUUUCCGAGUUUUGGAGGGAAGGAGGAGAAAAGGGCAGAGAAGCGUGAAGCUGGCAAGAAGACUCACCGCCGAGUAGCUGUCGUCGACCGAGCGUCGCUGGCAUUUUCCGCCGCGUUUCUGUUUUGGAGGAGGAAGCGGGUGCGCUUGUUUAGAAGCCGAGGCGGAAGCGGGAGCCGAUGUGGUUUGUUGCCUUGAUUCGGGGAUACGAGUUGGAGAGUCGGAUCUGAGCGUCUGGUUACAGAGGGCUGGCCUUUUUUCUCUUCCGUUUUUUUUCCUUUGUUGGCUUCUGUGGCUGCGCGCGGCGGCCUUCUCGUGUUUUUCUUCUGUGGAUCUGGAGGUCGUCUGAGCGGGAAGGAUGGAGUUUCGACGGGCUUCUUCCCUCGACGAAUAUGACAAGCUCGUGAUUCGGAUGAACACGCCCAGGGUCGUCAUCGACAAUGCUGUCUGCGCAACUGCGACGCUGGUCAAGGUGGACAGCGCUAGGGAGCACGGCAUCCUUUUGGAGGCGGUACAGGUCCUGACUGACCUGAACCUUUGCAUAAAGAAGGCAUACAUCGCGUCCGAUGGCAGAUGGUUCAUGGAUGUGUUUCAUGUGACUGAUCAGAACGGCAACAAACUUAGAGACGAGAGCAUCCUGUCUUGCAUACAACGAUCUCUGGCGACAAGCAACGAGGCGAGCCCGACGUCUUUGUGCGCGCCGGACGAGACAGCCCUGGAGUUGACAGGCACGGACAGACCGGGUCUCCUUUCCGAAGUGUUCGCCGUUCUGGCCGAGCUCCGCUGCAGCGUGGUGAACGCUACCGUCUGGACUCACAGGGGAAGGAUUGCCUCAGUCAUCCACGUGAAGGACGAGGAGUCCGGAUCGCCCAUCGAGGACACCCAUAAAAUCUCUUGCAUAGAGGACCGGCUGCGCAGCGUCCUCAAGGGCGACAGCGGCGACAUCCGCAGUGCCAAGACGGCCGUUGCUAUGGAUGUCACUCACACGGAGCGCCGGCUUCACCAGCUGAUGUUCGCCGACCGCGACUACGAACGGAUACCCGCUGAGCCUUCCACCUCUCCCUCUACUACCUCCUCCGUGACAGUUCAGAACUGCUUGGACCGAGGCUAUUCCGUCGUCGGCGUCCAGUGCAAGGACCGUCCCAAGCUCCUCUUCGACAUUGUCUGCACUCUCACUGAUAUGCAGUACGUGGUCUUCCACGCUACCAUUUAUACUCACUACGGUGAAGCAUUCCAGGAAUUCUACAUCAGGCACGCGGACGGGUCUCCCGUUAAUUCCGAAGCGGAGAAACGGCGAGUGAUUCAAUGUUUACGAGCGGCAAUUGAGAGAAGAGCCACUGAGGGGGUGAAGCUGGAGCUUCGUACCUCUGACCGGAGGGGCCUGCUGUCGGAGGUGACCCGGACGUUCCGGGAGAAUGGGCUGCUGGUAACGAGGGCGGAAGUCUCGACGGUGGAUGGGCAGGCAGUCAACACCUUCUACGUGUCUACAGCUGCAGGCAACCCCGUCGACCCCAAGACGAUAGAGUCGGUUCGAAGCAGGGUGGGGGUGGCCGCCCUCCGCGUGAAGGAGGACGCGCCAUCCUCCUACCAAAAUUGCAAUGGCGGGAGAGCAACCGAUGCACAGACGGGCUUGGGAGGUGGAGCCGUCCUCCUCUCUCUGGGCAGUUUGGUGUGGCGAAACCUCUACAACCUGGGGUUAAUCAGGUCGUACUCUUAGGAGGGUCCCUGAAACCACGUCCUCCUCCUCCCUUGUGAAAAAAGAAGAAAUUACGGUGCCUUUUCCUCUAUAUUUGUACAUAAGCUCUAGGAGACUUAGGUGAACAUGCAAUAGAAAAACAGAAAAAGUUUGAGGGUGGUAGUUGAUUUGAUUGGUCGUUUGGUUCUCUUCUUCCUCAGGUUGUGGGUCUUCAGUACUAGCGGUAGUAUAGUAGUGGUAGGGGGAGGAUGGGUGGGGAGGAGGAGGAGGAGGGAGAUGGCCAAACCCCGUGGAAGUUGUCGGAUACGCAAAUUGGGCACAUACUGUACAUAGUUCACUCCUGUCAUUAGUAAUGGUAGAGAAGGAAAAAAAAAAUGAUUUGCCUGUUCCUCUGACUUCUGUUCUCUCGCUCUCUUUAAAACUUGUCUGGCGAAAAGCGUGGGGUUCCCCACCGGCUUCCGCUUAGCUGGCCGCCACCGUCCUCUUCCGUUCCGACGCAUUUAUCAAGAUGUACUUCUUGUCGUUCCGACUGCCGUGAUUCGAAGGUAGCAAGACAGAGGCCAAUCUGGAAAAAGAAAAAAGAAAAAAAGGAGGUUCCACAGUCAUUUUACGGGUGCUGCGUUGGCAAAUUUCAGGAAUUUUAACUCCCCUGCUCUCCAGUCCCCUCCCCCUUUACACGAUUUAUCUUUGUGCAUGAAUUCUUGUGAAAUUCGGCCGUUGCUAUUUAAUGUUGUAAUAUGGUGAUGAUGGCGAUGCUGACGAUGGCGUGGGCCACUUCUUCUGCCGUAAGAAUUUUUUUUGGCAGCCUGUACAUUGGACCACCGCCGAACCCAUGGAGCGCUUCCUCUACCAAACCGGACUCAAUGAAUGCGCUUGUAGAUUCUCUACUGCGACGCUGGAAGAACAGAUGGGCUUUCAUUCCAUCAAGUUGCUUGCAUUUAUAGCCUGUCCUGUGCCAGAACCGAAGCAGCGGGUUAGUUAUCCCUCCCAAUGGUGGUCGUGAAUACCUAACAUUUUUUAUUUCCACCUGUGUAUCGAAUCCAACUUCCCCGCGUCCACGCCUGGUUAUUUACGCGUCUGCUUGUUCAUUUACACAGAAAAGCAGCUUCAUCUGUCGUCAUUGAAUCAUUCGGUGGAGAACAAGAGAAAGCAAUAUUAUUAUUAUUCGGAAUCGGGACUUGAGCUAGUGACGAGGGCCCAACGGUGGCUAGGGGGCGGCGAUUUGUCUUCCCUCAACUGUGCGAUGCUGCCGUUAAAGGGAGGGGAAUAUCAAAGAAGCUCUUCAAAAUGCAUGCUUAUUUGUACUGUGUCCAUUGUCCUGAUUCGUUUUGUUAGAUUUCAAAAUUCAAACGGCGCACUGCCUUUGGAUUC